AAAUAAACUACUUUGCCCGGAAGUUAAACGUCAAUUUUUGAACAUGAUAAUUUAGUGAUAAAAUUUCAAUAAUUUAUUUAUAAGAAACGCGAGGUGCGUCUAAAUGUAUCCUAUAAUUUUAUUUUUGUUUGUAUAUCUACCCUUCAUUUUAUCACAAUUCAUUCAACCUGGCCCAAGUGAUCCCAAUUUGGUAAAUAAAACUCAAGGUAAAAACGAUUCAGCAUUGCCGGCACCUGUAAUAGACGCAUCAAAUCCUGUAGCAGUUAAGAAUAUAAGUUCAAAACAUGAUAAUAAUGUAACUCACACCACACACCAUAAUUACGAGGGUAGUACUACAACAGAAUUGGAAGCUGGGGCUGUGGUGAGAGGGGUUUGGGUGUUUGUAGGCAUAAGUGUGCUUUUUAUUAUGUACAUGGCAUUUCAAACAUAUAAAAAAAGAAACCACAGACCAGUCAUUGUCAAGAAAUACGGAAUUAAAACUCGAAGAACUGAUGUGGAAAUGGAACCAUUGCCUUUGGAUGAAGAUGACGAUGAUGAGACUCUAUUUGAUUUAGGAAGUCUCAGAACACAUAGAUGAUUGGGGGUUUAAAACACUGUUGUUAACUUACUAUAAAUAUAUUUUUGUAACGAAUUAAUAAGGCAUUAAUACUAUAAUAGAUUGUAAGUUUCAUUUGACUAAGAUAUUUAUUAACUUUACUUAAUUAUUGAUUGUGAUAACUUACACCAUAAGGUGCCUAAUGAAUAUCUGAGUAAUAACUAAAUCCAUG